AAAAGAAUGAUCCACCAAAGGUGACAAAAUCUGGUACUAAAAAUAAAAUUAUAUCUACUAUUUGCAAUGAGGAACUAGUACAACAACUUCGUCACUACAACACAAUACCAAACCAACAAAGUACCAAAACUAGUGAUAUUCAACAAUGA